CCCAGGGCCAGGGCCUCUGCAGAGGCUGCUGCACUGUGCCAGCUCUGCUGCUCCUCCGGACUCCUGGGAGCCCACUGCCUCCUGGAUGUCAGGAAUCCUGGGCCCCCAGCAAGGACCUGGAAGCAGGGGUUGUGUGCUGAGAUUUGCAGUCUGCUGGGGUCUCUGUGGCUCUGAAGUUUCUGGAGCUGCUGAAUGUUAGACCCUGCAGGAAGUCACAGCUUUCCCAGCUGGGAAGAAGGAGGAGCAGCUCUGAGGACAUGGAGCACGGCUGCCGCCCCUCUCUGCUCUGCAGUCUCCCCUCCCUGCUUCUCCUCGCCCAGCUGCCCACGUGGGGGUCUGCAGAUGAGUUCCUGGUGAUCAGCCCCUCAGUUCCUGUUGUGGCAGAGUUGGGUGGUGAUGCCAUUCUGCCCUGCUCCCUGGUCCCAGCCAUGAAUGCAGAGGACAUGGAGCUGCGGUGGUUCCGUACCAAGUUCUCAGAAGCGGUGUUCGUCUAUCGGAACGGCCGGGAACUGCACGAGGAGCAGAUGCCCCAGUACGCAGUGCGGACAUCGCUGGUGAGGGAUCUCUUAACCCACGGGAAGGCUGCUGUUUACAUUCUGGAGGUCCAGGCUUCAGACAACGGGAGCUACACCUGCUUCUUCCAGAAGGGAGGCCGCUAUGCAGAGGCCAUUCUAGAACUGCAGGUGGCAGGCCUGGGCUCUGCCCCUCAAGUGCACAUUGAAGGGCCAGAGCAGGACGGGGUCCGCGUGGUGUGCAAGGCGUCGAGCUGGUUCCCGAAGCCCCAGGUGCAGUGGACAGACCUCAGUGGGGAGAAGUUCCUGGAGUUCUCUGAGGCCCAUGCCCAGGACGCAGCAGGGCUGUUCAGCGUGGAGGCGGCUCUGGUGGUGAGAGACAGCUCUGCAGGGAGUGUGAGCUGCUCUGUCCUCAAUCCCAUCCUGGGCCAGGAGAAGGCGAUGGCCGUGUCCAUCCCAGAGCCCUUCUUCCCGCAGGCCUCUCCCUGGAAGGCAGCUUUUAUUGGGAUCCUGACGGUGCUGGGGCUCCUGCUCUUUGGGGCUGGCUGCUUCACCAGGAGAGAGCACUCUGCAAAGCUGCAGGAGAGGGAGAAACGGGAGAAGCUGCGCUGGGAUAAGGAGGAGGACCAGCGGGCAAAGGAGGAGGCACUGAAGGCCAGAGGUAGGAGGCCAGGGGCCAGACAGGGGGGCAGCUGGUGCUGAG